AUCGGCCCCUGCGUUGCCGACGACCAUGAGUGCCGCAUAGCGCCGACUUCCAGCCAUAUCGUUGCGGCCCUCUGCCUGACCCAAAGACUGCCCGACUGCCACCAACAUCGACGCCGUGGGAGGUUCGAGAUCCAGCUCUGCCUCGUCUCCCUUGCCAGCUCCCCCUUUCCAGCCUUACGCGACUCCACGGCGACCGACUCCCAGCCGAAGCGAAGAACAAUCUCGUGGCCUUCUGCAUCAACGCGGCAAACAAACAUCAUGGAGGCCUCUCCCUUGGCAAUGGCCACGGCCUCCACCUGCGACAGCCUCAAGACGCCCUCCUAUGUCGAGCUGACUGUUUCCAUCAUCAUUCUCAUCGGCCUCCUGAUCUCCUACCUCCCUCAACACUAUCGCAUCAUUUCUCGCCGAACAUCCGAAGGCAUAUCUCCCUACUUCGUUCUGCUGGGCACCACGUCUGCCACUGCUGGCUUCGCCAACAUCCUGACCGUGGCACCCUCUCGCAACGCCAUUGGCUGCUGCAGAGAGUUGGAGACGUUUGAAUGUGCUGCGGGCCUGCUUGGCGUUGCCCAGCUCGGAACACAGUGGUUGUGCUUCUCUGCCAUCCUUAUCCUAUUCCUCGUCUUCUUUCGCUAUCGCGAAGCCAAUGUGCCUCAGGAUGAGCUUGGUGGAGAGAGUCCCAGAUGGCAAACGGCUCUCGCUGUGGGGGGCCUGUGCAUCCUUCACGGAUUGGUUGUGAUUGCACUGACGGGCGUGUUUGCCAUUGCCCUGCCUAACAAGCUUAACAUCUGGGCCAAUUUCCUCGGCGUCAUGGCCGCAGCUCUAGCUGCCGUCCAAUACAUUCCUCAGAUAUGGAUGACCUACCACCUAAAGCACGUCGGCAGCUUGAGCAUUCCCAUGAUGUGUAUCCAAACGCCGGGAGGCUUUCUAUUUGCUGCCAGCCUUUUCGCAAGACUCGGGAUGGAGGGAUGGAGCACAUGGGCCAUAUACCUCCUGACUGCAGUUAUGCAAGGCAGUGUACUUGCCAUGGGUAUCUACUACGAAAUUGCGAGACGCAACGAAGAAUACGCGCAUAGCUAUACCAGCAGUGCGCCUCAGUCUCCCAUCGAGCACCACUCUACGCCGCAGCGUCCAUACGCUCCUCGCACCUACUCCGAGGGCUGGGAGCGCGGCCUACCAGGCCCUUUUACAGGCCACCCAGAACGGUACGCCGAAACCGAGGAAGACUUGGACGACAUGGAAGAAAGAGAGGAACGAGCGAUUGCCAGAGAGAACCAGCCGCUGCUCAGGCCGGGCGGCAUUGGCAACCCGCACAGGAACUACGACUCGACUUCGCGUCAUUAACGCCUCAGCAUUUUAGCGGGGAAUGCAUCUUGGAAGAUGCGAUAACAACAAGCUUACUUUUUUCAUUUAUGUUUUAGCAAACAAUUUUUUUAUUUUAUUUUUUUUUUC